AUGUUCUUAAAUAGUUCGAGAGGGAAUUUCUUUUGUCGGAUAGGAAUCACUUGCACGGAUCAUAUCCUAUUGGAUCAAACCCCGUGGCGCGAGUUUUGGAUUGUCCACCCAACUGGAAGGAGUGAAAUCGUUCCCAGAAGGCCACUAACUCCCUUCCAGCCAGUAGCAUAUCCCUGA